UUUGACACUAAUGAGAUGUAAAGGGUACACCUAGCGGAGGACGCUGCCCUUGCCCGUGUCAUGAGACGCACGCAGAGGCAGCACCCGCCAGAGUGUAAGGACUAUUCAGAGUUGAUGGAAUCUAACAUGACCUAGGCUAUUGGGUGAAAGUGAUAAACUAAAUUCUGGGCUAUGGAAUAAUGUUAUUAUUUAGUUACCUCCAAAACGGCUUUCCCCUAGUUAAUGUUAAUGAAGUACGUACUAUAAACCUUAAAUACUCUACGUUUGAGAGCCAUAAAAACUACAUCAACUGAGUAAUUAUGUUAACUUUACAACCUGAAGCGGGAUGCAUAAUAGGUACCUUAAUUACAAGACACGAUUCACCCGUAAUAGGAUGCAACUAGUUUGCAGCCUAGAUUUUAUUCUGUUUCAUAGUAAACGAGAGAAAGUAACACAUACCGGCGGUAUCACUCGAAAAAUUGCCCACUUAAAUGUACUGUCCAGUUUUAACAAAACAAAAUUACUUUUUUGUUGCUUUAAUUUUAUGGCCGAGAUACGCGAAUGGCGCGCAUUCGGUCAGUCCGCACACCGCAGCGCGCCGCCGCCGGCCGUUCCAACAUGGUCGUCGCAAAUGCGCGCCAAAACGUAUUCCAUUUUCAAAUAUGUUUACGUUCGUUCUAAAAUUAAAUAGUUAAUAAAAAAAGUGAUGUUCCAAUCAAAUUAUAAUUACCAAAGAUUUUGCUCAAUAUGAAUAAUUUAAAAUGGUCACGAAAUCGAUGUUUAAAAAAUGCUUGCUGUUUGCUGUGAUAUUUUUGAUGUGCACGUGUGAGGGGAGGAGGAAAAUUAAAAGAAAAGUGGAAAGUUUUAGUAAUGUGUCUGGCAACUCACUUAAACGGAUUGUCAGAAACUCGAGUGACAUCGAAACUUCGCGCGGAUUUUUCCCGCCAGGUGGCCUCUUCACUCUCGGCAAGGUUCUCAACUUCUUCCCAGUGGGCGGCGAGCGCGAAUGCCAACCGUCCGGCUACAAGACGGCCCGCGCCGGCAUCUGCCUGAACCCGUACGACUGUCGUCAGAGGGACGGUCAGAGCGCGGGCGACUGCGCGCACGGACUGGGAGUUUGUUGUGUGUUCGAAAUAUCCUGCGGAGGUGUGGUCCAGAACAACCUCACGUACUUCAUCUCCCCCGGCUUCCCGGAGCUCUGGACCGGAGAGAAGGACUGCAACAUCACCGUGGAAAAAACUCACGCCGGCAUCAUGCAGUUGAGGAUCGAUUUCGUACACUUUACUAUAGGUCAACCCAACCGGCGGACAGGGGAGUGCGACGAGGACGUCAUGAUUGUGGGCGAGGGAGACAACGAAUUCAGGAUCUGCGGACAAAACCAUGGACAGCACAUAUACUACACUCUACCAACAGGCAGCGAAAAACGUGAUUCCGACGACGAACUGCCGUCAUCAGCGGUGACCAAAAUCACAGUACGCAUGCGCGGUACUGACAUGCCCAGACUUUGGCUGCUACGGCUUGCGCAAAUGCCUCUAGCGCAUUCUGCGCCGCAUGAUUGUAGGCAGUAUUAUACGGGGAAUAACGGCACAAUAAGGACCUUCAACUACGCCGUGAACGGGAGACAUUUAGCGAACCACGAGUACAGAGCGUGCAUAAGACGCAACUCUGGUACGUGCUCCGUCAGAUACACCCCAUGCGACAACCGAUCCUUUAGGAUAGGAGGAGCUGAGCAGUUAGAUGAUGUGGUGGAAGACGAGAUGAUGCCAGUAAACGAAGUCCAACCUCAAGAGGACGAGAUGGAAGGCUCAGGAGCUGAUCCUCAGAUCGCACCAGCUGUACCAGCUACUCCUGCGCCCAGUAUGGCUUCCAGGAUCUGGAGCUAUAUUUGGCCCUCCUGGCUCUGGCAGGCCCGCACGCUGUCCUGGCACUGGUCACCGUAUGCUCAACACUACUCGCUGCCAGAAGAUGACAAGAUCCGGUACACCGGGUACGGGACGUUCGGAGAGGGGCUGAAGGGAGGGUAUGGGAGGCUACGGUGCAAGGACAGGAUCACGAUUCCGUGCGAGAACGAAUAUUUUGUGUCGAGCUCUAUCCUGAUGUCUGGCGUUUGCGACCCCCACCACUGCGGCUCCUCCUUCUGUCCAAAUAGAAGCCCCCGGGACUGCCAUGUCGACACCUCCAUAACGCCCUUCGCAGUGUCCGUACACUUCGGUCCGCCAUCUUUAAAGCUAAAUCCUGAGGAGAACAUAGGCGCGUGUUUAAGGUAUACGCAAGUGCCUUGCGACGCGUGAUGUGGAUCUCUGGGCACUUUGGAUCGCCACCUUUGGAAAUUAACCUUGAGAAGAAUAUAUGCGCAUAUUUGAGGUAUACGCAAGUGCCUUGCGAAGCGUGAUGUGGAUCUCUGGGCACUUUGGAUCCCCACCUUUGGGAAUUAACCCUGAGGAGAACAUAGGCGCAUGUUUGAGGUAUACCCAAGUGCCUUGCGAAGCAUGAUGUGGAUCUCUGGGCACUUUGGAUCGCCGCCUUUGGAAAUUAACCCUAAGGAGAACAUAGGCGCAUGUUUGAAGUAUAUGCAAGUGCCUUGCGAAACAUGAUGUGAAUCUCUGGGCACUUUGGAUCGCCGCCUUUGGAAAUUAACCCUAAGGAGAACAUAGGCGCAUGUUUGAGGUAUAUGCAAGUGCCUUGCGAAACAUGAUGUGGAUCUCUGGGCACUUUGGAUCGCCGCCUUUGGAGAUUAACCCUAAGGAGAACAUAGGCGCAUGUUUGAGGUAUACGCAAGUGCCUUGCGAAGCAUGAUGUGGAUCUCUGGGCACUUUCGAUCACCACCUUUGGAAAUUAACCCUGAGGAGAACAUAGGCACAUGUUUGAGGUAUAUGUAAGUGCCUUGCGAAACAUGAUGUGGAUAUCUCUGGGCACUUUGAUUCAUCUUUGUAACUUAACUCUGAGAAAAACAAAGGUGUUGAGGUAUAUGCAAGUGCCUAGCGAAACAUCACGUGGCCUUUUUGUAUACUUUGAAUCUUGAUCCUUGUAGCUAAAUUCUGUGGAAAAUAUAUGUAGGCGCGUAACUGACACACGCAACUCUCUUGCGAAGCGUGACAUGCAUAUCUCUAUGCACUUUGAAACACCAUUACUCCUUUUGCAGUAGGUGUGUGUGGCGCGUGCCUGAGUAUGCAAGUGCCUUGCGAAGUGUAACUUUUUACUUGUUAACAUACAUUCACAUAUAGUUAAUGAAGAUAUCAUGAUCCCAGAAAAGCGUAUUGUUAUAAAUAAAAUUUAUUGUUUCAGUAUUUUUUUUGUCUUGAGACAUGUCUUGAAACUUUUUAACAUUAAAUAUUUGCUGUGGUUCCUAUUUGGUAAAUUUAUGAGAUAUACUUAUAUUUAUUUAACUGAUUUAAUUAUCAAAAGAGUAUAUUUUUAAAAUUGGUAAAUAAAAAAAACAAAAGUGUUAUAAAUUUAUUUUGAGGAUAUAUUUGAAUCACUAGUAACCAAAAAGUGUUAGUUUGUAAAGUAUUAAACUUUGGUCAAAUCUAAGUAUAAUAUACCUGAAUAGUUGAAUACAUUAUUGACCGACAUAAUACCCGUAUAUCUUUGCUCAUAUCAUAAUCGCUCAUCGAGAAAACAACCUAGGUAUUUUGUACGCCUAGAUUUGACCAGACCUAUUAUUUGUAUUAUUACUAAGUAUUGUUACAUAAGAUUUAUUUAUUCACCUAUCAUAAGAUUUGUCUCCAAAUAAUAUUUACAUAGAUGAUCUAUUUAUUUGUUACGUUAAUUAAUUUUUACUUAUAGAUUUAACGUGUAAAUUAUUUUGCACAAUAUUUGAAAUAUAGGAAAAGUGGAAAAGAUUUCAAGCGUGAACAUCGAGCGGGUUGAGCGUUGCGUGCGAUUUUCAUUCAAGCGGAUGCAUUAUUCCAUGUUUCGUUUCAUUUAAAAAUAAGUAUAACUGUGCCAUGUCAAAUAAAUAUUACUUACCACCAAAACUCGUCCUUGUCUUGAUUUAUGAGCAAUCGAAUGCUGUCUAACGAGUAUCUUUAUCACGAUUUUUGGAGGUUCCAUAUAUGACUUAGUACCAAUAUGAGUUUAUUUCCAAUAUUUUGCUUAAAAUAGUAACAAAAUGUGUCUGGCUUUGACUUUUUUUGCCCCCAAAAUUCAAACCACGCUUACCUUUACAUUGGUCCUUCUUGGUACCAUUCUGUCAUGGGCACCAGAUUGAGAUAUGUUUGCAAGUCGAUGGACGGCUGUGUAUCAGAUGUGUCUGCGGUAUUGCGAGGUGAUGGACGAAAGUUGAUUGUGAUCUGUUUUUCCUAGUAUGUAAUCCUAUUAUAUAAUCUGAAUUGUACAGUGCUUUGGUCUCGACUGUACUGCUGUAUAUUAUUACGUUUCAAAAUAAAAAAAUUGGUUUGUGUCUUGCACGUUGUUUUAAAUAUUAACUUCUAUAAUAUAGAAUGUACGUGAUGUAUCUUAAACUUUGUACCUACAUACUGUUGUAUUUUAAUUAUUAAUUGUAACAACAUUGUUUUCAAUUAUUUAUGUAAACAAAAUCAAAUAAUAAAUAUAUUUAUAAAUA